AUGAAUUAAGAAGGAUAGAUUUAAUAAGUUCAAGAAUCUUUAAUACUAAAAAAACCUUCUAGAGUUGUUAAUAGAUACAAACAUAAUUAAUUACUUUAUAAUUAUUUUGUUAUUAGAGAUUUCAAAUCAGCUUUAGAAUUAAUUGAAAAACUCACUCAAGAACAUGGAGAUAUUCAUGAAUAUGCAAACUAGAUAUAAGGAUAUAUUUAUAAGAUGACUGGAUAACUUUCAAAAUCAACUGAGGCAUUCAAGAAGUUUUUAUCAUUUAAUGAAUAAGAUCAAGAAGUCUUAAAAACUAUAGCUAAAAAUUUACAAUUAGGUAAUAAUAAAUGUAAUUUAUAGAUGGUAGAUUCAAGAGUAGUUUAGAUGUUGCUUAAAAGGCAUUAAAUUUAAAAAAAAAUGAUUGGGAAGUAUUUUAUACUAUUGGAAAUUGUUAUUAUGCAUAAAAAGAUUUUGAUAAAGCACUUAUAAAUUAUAAAAGGGCAUUUGAACUAUCAAUAAAUGAAAUAACAUAUAAUAGAUUAGGAAAGUUUUAUUUAUCAUUAGAAAAGUAUGAUGAAGCUUUAACAGUGUAUAAGACUGCUCUUAAUUCAUAACCACAAAAUAAUGAACUUAAGGCAUUGCUUGGAGUAUUGCUUUUGAGAAUUGGUUAAACUUAAGAGGCCAAGAAAUAUUUAGAAAGUGUUACAGCAACAGACACAAAGUGUAUAUAUAAAUAUAUUAUAUAGCAUUGUUGGGGUUAGGAUCAAUUAUGUAGGAUUAAGAAAGCUAUGAUGAGGCUCUUGUAUAUUAUAGAAAGCUUAUAGCAAUACAUCCAACAUCAGCAUAAGUUUGGAAUAAUAUUGCAAUGUGUUAUUAUGGGAAAAAUGAAAUUCUUCCAGCAAUAAUUAGUUUGAAAAGGGCAAUGUAUUAUGAUCCAUUUGAAUCAACAAUUCAUUUUAAUAUGGGAUUAGUACAUUUAUAUGAAAAAUAAUAUAUGUCUGCAUUUCAUUUCUUUUAAUCAGCAAUAACUUUAAAUCCAGAUGAUUCAUAAUCAUAUAUGUAUUUAGGAAUAGCAUUAAAUAAAUUGAAUGAUUUUUAGAAUGCUUGUAGAUCAUUUGAGAGAGCCUUAGAAUUAGAUAAAGACAAGUAAAAUAUUAUUAUUUAUUAUUUAAUAGAGAUUAUUUAAUUUAUUUAAAUUAUUGUAUAAUUUUAUUAUAGAGAGGAGAUGAAUCAUCAUAAUAUGCUUAAUAAAUUUUUCGAUAUUUUUGUGAUUAAUAUAAAGAAUAAGAAUAACUUUAUGAUAAUCGUUGCAAAAAAGAAAUUGUUUUAGAACUUAAAUCACAAAUUUAUAAAUAUCUAAAAUCAUGA